CCAAGGCACGUCUGAACUGACAGCCCCGCCCACUAACAGUGCUCGCAGUCGUUUUGCACCUGCCUCACCACUCGAGCCACUCUGAACAUAAACUUCAGCAGCUCCUCACCUGAACAGCUGAGGUUAGUACACCCUCAUCCUUUGACUGGACGUUUGGGACUGAUGUAUUUCCAGCACUAGCUGUAAAAAAUUCUGAUUUGUAAUUUAGACUUCAGAGGCCUUCAACUUUUCUCUAACGGCCGUGGGAACUAUCAGUAUCUGACCACCGUAACCUUCCUCAUCCGAUGAAGACGUCAGCGGUAGGGUUAUAAAUACAAAAUAAUUGGGAUUCUUAAAAUAUUUGUUGAGAGAUCCGCAAGGUGUCCAUGUCAAGGGAGACAACCCAGAUGCGUAAAUCUCGGAGGGAAUGUGCUAAGUAACGGAUGUGAAUGUAAACAUGCAAUAGGCGACAGUGGCAACCAGGUAGGCUUCUACGCAAGAACGCUCCCAUCGGACCUCUCCACUGAACUUUACCCGCUCUGGCACUGACGCGCCGGGAGGUGCAUGCGAUGGCAGCCCUGGGUGAAGUUGGAAGCUUCUUGCACGGAAUAGAUGGUGUUGGGCACAUCGGGUCCCCAUUUCUGCUGACAGGUCUUGGGGAGGGUCCCACGCUGCUGGGAGAACACCUCAUACCUGGGGAGAGGCUGUCGAGAAGUACGACGGCGGAUUUGACUCACCUCAAAGGGAUCCUGCGGAGAAGACAGUUGUAUUGCAGAACUGGAUUUCAUCUUGAAAUACUUCCGGAUGGCACUGUGCAAGGAACCAGAAAGGACCACAGCCGGUUUGGUAUUUUGGAAUUCAUAAGCCUUGCAGUUGGAUUGAUAAGCAUACGAGGGGUGGACAGUGGCUUGUAUCUGGGGAUGAAUGACAAGGGAGAGUUGUAUGGCUCUGAAAAUCUGACGGCCGAGUGUGUCUUCAGGGAGCAGUUUGAGGAAAACUGGUACAACACCUACUCUUCCAACCUCUACAAGCAUGGAGAGAAAGGGACCCGCUACUUUGUAGCUCUGAACAAGGACGGCACAUCCCGGGACGGGACAAAGUCCCGGAGGCACCAGAAGUUCACUCACUUCCUCCCCCGGCCGGUUGACCCAGAGCGGGUGCCAGAGUUGUACCGAGAGAUCCUGGGCCACAGCUGAGACCGGGCGGCUCCGGUCCCAGGUCAGUAAUAGCUGCUGGAGCUGUAGCAGCCCCUUACAGGGAACCAGGGAUGUGGCCUGCCUGCCUGCCUGGCUAGCUGGCUGUUGGACAGUGGAAAAGCCCCCAGCAGCAUAGCCAGUGAGGUGGGCAACCCUGGCGAUGCUGGGGAGAUAAAGGCACCGUGCAGGGCCUCCCCUCGGAAUGCACAGACGAGCUCUCAGCGGCCAGGAAGACAGUCUAGAAUGUCUGACAUUGUCAACCUGCAAGUCGGCCAUGAGGAGGCCGUUUGUUCCAGGGGCCAAAUGACCCCCGAGAGAAGCCGUGUGGAAUAGGA